AUGAAAAUUUAUGACACUGACAAAGAGACAUUCCUCGCAUUCCAUUACAUCACAUCAUCUAAUACAGCACUGCUGUUGCGGGAUUUAACAAUUUCAUUUUGGACUUUUCAUGGCCGUGCCACCAUUGGAGUUGCAGGACGACAGAAACAGGAGGAAAUGGCUGUGAAGAAGCAGAAAAAGUCAACAGAAAAUAUCAAUGCAAGACUUGCAAUGGUAAUGAAAAGUGGAAAGUACUGUUUAGGAUACAAGCAAACACUAAAAACAUUGCGGGCUGGUAAGGCCAAAUUGGUUAUUAUCGCUAAUAAUACCCCACCUCUCAGGAAAAGUGAAAUUGAAUAUUACGCGAUGUUAGCGAAGACAGGUGUUCAUCAUUACAACGGUAACAAUAUUGAAUUGGGCACGGCAUGCGGGAAAUUGUUUCGCGUUUGCACAUUAUCAAUUACGGAUGCUGGAGAUUCAGAUAUUAUUCGAAGUAUGCCAUCUGAAAAUGCAUAA